GCUUCUGUUAGUCCACCACACUCCCAGUGCUCCCAGUUGUAGACCCCAGUGCCACAGUCCACGGCUGUCGCUCAGGCAAAGAUGGCUACCAUGUUGUCGCGGGCGAUCUCACUCGCGGAAAGUCUCGGUCGACUGAACAGUCCCAAGAUAUUGGCGUGUAAUACUAGCUUGGUCAAACAACCAGCCAGGAAUUUGAAUGUUCAUGAACACAUUAGCUACAGUUUACUCAAUGAGGCUGGUGUGCCGACACCUAAAUUCGGCGUCGCCAAAACUCCUGACGAAGCAGCUAAACUCGCUGCCAAUUUGAAAACAAAGGAUAUCGUCUUGAAGGCCCAAGUCCUCGCUGGCGGCAGAGGAAAAGGACACUUCAAGGGAACGAGCGUCAGCGGAGUGAAGAUGUGUGAAACUCCAGAAGAAGCCAAGUCGUUGGCAGGUCAAAUGCUUGGCAAACUAUUGAUCACAAAACAGACUGGCGAAGGUGGCAGGAUAUGCAACGCCGUGAUGGUCACACAGCGCAUGUUUCCCCGUAAAGAGUACUACCUUGCUGUCAUGAUGGAAAGAGCCUUUGGUGGUCCUGUCAUAAUAGCUUCCAGUCAAGGUGGGGUGAACAUCGAAGAAGUCGCAGCGACAAAUCCUAGUGCUAUCAUGUACGAACCUAUCGAUAUCAAUAAGGGAAUUACAAAGGAACAGGCGGAACGUAUAGUAGUCAAGCUUGGCCUUGAUAACGUGAAAGACUACAUUUCCAAUAUAAUUCUUUUGGAAGUGAAUCCUCUUGCCGAGGACAUAAACGGGAAUUAUUUUGCUCUGGAUUGCAAAUGCCGAUUUGACGACAACGCUGAGUUCAGGCAAAAGGGACUCUUUAAUUUGAGAGACUGGACUCAAGAGGAUCCUAAGGAAGUCGAAGCUGCGAAAUUCGACUUAAAUUACAUCGCGCUCGACGGCAACAUAGGUUGUAUGGUGAACGGAGCUGGUUUAGCUAUGGCAACGAUGGACAUUAUAAAAUUGCACGGUGGCGAGCCGGCUAAUUUCCUCGAUGUUGGCGGUGGUGCGUCGGCUUCAGCGGUGAAGGAAGCAUUUAAGAUAAUCACUUCUGAUCCACGAGUUCAUGCUCUCUUAGUUAAUAUCUUCGGCGGCAUCAUGAGAUGCGACGUUAUAGCAGAGGGUAUUAUCGCCGCGACUAAGGAACUAAGUUUAAAAAUUCCCGUCGUCGUAAGAUUGCAGGGUACUAAUGUGGACGAAGCCAAGGCUCUGAUCGCGAAUGCGGGUUUAAAAAUUGUACCAAUCGAUGAUCUCGACGAGGCCGCCAGGGUUGCGGUAAAAUUAUCGACCAUUGUUAAAUUAGCUCAAUCUGAAAAUCUCAGUGUGAACUUCGAAAUACCUGCAAUUUCAUAGGUAGUAAAAAAAUUAUAAUUGAUAAUAUAUUAUUAAGAUAAUUUUGCCGAGAAUAUGUACUCAAUUGUUAAAAGAUUUCAGGAACGUCUGAAAGUAAUAACUACAGUAAUAACUUUAUAUGCGUAAUGUAUUCUCGUCAAAGAGUAAUAUUUUACACAGUUCGAAUCUUUGCGUAACUUUACAGAAAGAGAAAAAGAAUAAAAAGUAGAAUAGUUUUGGACAAGUCUGUGACAUACAAAAGUGAUACGACUGGAAAACAUGAUAAAAUAUGAAAACGAACUAAUAAUGUAUUGUUUUAUGUGUGCGUGUACACAUAUACACACAGAUGUAUAUAUUUAUGGUAAUCUUUCUCUUUAAUACAGUCACGAACAUUUGUAAUACACAGAAUUGUACAACAUUAUUCACGGAAACGCGUAAUUUAUCAGCGCUUACUCCAGCGCAAAGAUGAGAUCCAUAGAUUCUAUGAGAUCCAGUAUUAAGGAGAUUAAGUUAUAUACAUGUAAUAUAUUACCUAUUUGCAAGCAACCAUUGUCCAUGGAAAUGUACGCUCUAGAAUGUUCAAAACUAUCGACAAAAUAUUAUUAGACAUUAAAAUAACUAUCAGC